AAGGAGGCAGAGAUGAGUGUGCUUCUAGCUAUAAAACACCAAGCUAAUGGGCAUUCAGAAGCGGCACUAAAACUACUAAAACAUGCUGCUAUACUUGAUUCUCAAAACUCCGCUAUUCUAAAUCUUUUGGGUGAAGCUUUUGAGAAAAUUAUGACUACUUCAAAUAAAGGUCAAAGAUCUUCAUUACUAGUUGGCAGGGACAUUCAGGAGAAUGUGUUGUCUCCUGAACAAUCGAAUAUGCUUUUGACGGCCGAGUCCUUUUACACCAAAGCUUUAAUUACUGACCCAUCGAACGUCAGAGCUUCAAGCAACCGUCGUCGAACUUCGCCAAUUGUAAAGAAACUAGAUCAACAGCGCUUUCGCAACAUUGACAUGAAAGUUGCUCGCUUCUACCUUGUCUCGGAAUCGGACCCUGGCUUAAGGAAAGCGAAAAUCGAACAUUACUUCCAGCAUAUUUACCAUUCAAAUGCUAUUGAAGGAAAUACGCUUUCUCUGGCUCAGACAAGGGCGGUUUUGGAAACGCGUUUGGCCAUUGGUGGCAAAAGUCUUCAGGAACAGAAUGAGGUUCUUGGUUUAGAUGCAGCUUUCAGGUACCUCAAUACGACGUUACUCAGCGGUUCGUCCACGCCCAUAUUUUUAUCAGAUAUUAUGGAACUUCACCGAAGGGUUUUGUCAUUCGUUGACUUGACUGAGGCUGGUCGCCUUCGACAAACUCAAGUUUUUGUAGCUGAUCAUGUCCCACCCCCAGCUGAAAUGUUGCCUGAGUUGAUGAAUGAACUUGUGGAGUGGAUAAAUUCUGACGAGGCUGGAGCCCUGCAUCCGAUCGAGUUGGCUGCCUUAGCCCACUGGAAGCUUGUGUACAUUCACCCCUUCUAUGAUGGCAAUGGCCGUACCGCCCGACUUCUCAUGAAUUUGCUUCUCAUGCGAGCGGGCUAUCCUCCGGCAAUUGUCCGCAAGGAAGAUCGCCAUAUUUACUAUGAAACUUUAAAAACUGCCAACUUGGGUGAUGUGAGACCUUUUAUUCGAUUUAUCGCUGAAUGCACAGAACGAGCCAUUGACGGCUACCUGAACGCUGCCUUUGGCACAGGAACUUCUGAAUUUACGAAGAGGAUUGUCAUUCCCCCAGAUCGUCCCUCCUUGUCUCAACUCGGCCCACUCAUCCAAUACGCUCCAACCCUUAAUUUCCCAUGGAUGCCUAAUAAGGACAUUGUCGAGACCGUUAGACAAUCCGAUGUCAUCUACAGUACUUAG